AUGUCCGACGACGACUUCAUGCAGGAGUCGGAUGACGAGCAAUAUGACUUCGAGUACGAGGAGGAUGACGACGAGGAGACCGGCGACGUCGAUAUUGAGAACAAAUACUACAACGCAAAGCAACAGAAGGUCGCCGAGCCAGAAGAGGCAAUCGCAGAAUUUCUAGGCAUCCCCGCCCUGGAAGACGAGAAAGGAGAAUGGGGAUUCAAGGGCCUGAAGCAAGCCAUCAAGCUUGAGUUCAGGCUCGGAAAAUACAACGAUGCUGCCGAGCACUACGCGGAACUCCUCACAUAUGUCAAGAAUGCCGUCACGAGGAAUUACUCUGAGAAAUCCAUCAAUAAUUUGCUUGAUUUUGUCGAGAAGGGCUCAGACUCGACUGAGUCCGGCAAGUGCGUCGAACAAUUCUACUCCCUGACGCUUCAGAGCUUCCAGAGCACCAACAACGAGAGGUUAUGGCUCAAGACCAAUAUAAAGCUCGCCAAGCUCCUGCUCGACCGCAAGGACUACCAGGCUCUCGCGAAGAAGGUCCGCGAGCUGCACAAGACGUGUCAGCGGGAGGACGGCACCGACGAUCCCAGCAAGGGCACCUACUCGCUCGAGAUUUACGUCCUCGAGAUUCAGAUGUACGCCGAGAUGAAGAACAAUAAGCAACUCAAGAGACUCUACGUCCGCGCCCUCGAGGUCAAAUCGGCGGUGCCCCACCCCAAGAUCAUGGGCAUCAUCCGUGAGUGCGGUGGGAAAAUGCACAUGAGCGAGGAGAACUGGGUUGAAGCGCAGUCAGACUUUCACGAAUCCUUCCGCAACUAUGACGAGGCCGGCUCUCUUCAACGCAUUCAGGUUCUGAAAUAUCUUCUCCUCACGACCAUGCUCACCAAGUCCACCAUCAACCCCUUUGAUUCACAGGAGACGAAACCCUACAAGACGGAUCCUCGCAUCACGGCCAUGACCGACCUCGUGGAUGCUUACCAGCGCGACGAUGUCCACGCCUACCAAAAGGUCCUAGAGCUGAACCGUGAUCUUCUCGAUGACCCCUUCAUCGCCGAGAAUAUUGAUGAGGUUACACGCAAUAUGCGCACCAAAGGUAUCGUCAAGCUGAUCGCGCCGUAUACCCGUAUGAAGCUGGCAUGGAUCGGCAAGCAGCUUCGAAUCUCCGAGUCGGAGGUGAGCGAUAUUUUGGGCUUCCUCAUCAUCGACCAGAAGAUCCAGGGCAAAAUUAAUCAGCAGGAGGGCACGUUGGAGAUCCUGCAGCAGGCCGACGCCGAGAGGGUGAGGGCUAUGCUGGAGCUUACCAAGGCAGUAGGCGGCAUGUAUGAAGCCGUCUUCAGGGAUAGCGAGGGCUUCAAAUCAAACGAUCCCGUCAUGGAGGAGGGCGACAUGUUUGGCCAGGGCUUCGCGAGGGCAGGGAGAGGCGGCGGGCGACACGCCGGUAUGGGAAAACGAGCUGGCGGCAAAGGGGGAGGCACCGCGCUGUGGUGA